AUGGAGCUUCUGACGAGCUUAGCUAUUAUAGUACUAGCUACGGUCGUCAUCGUUCUGUGUUUCACAAUCUAUCUCUUCAUCAAAAUCUUCACCGGAAAAUCAAUAUUCGACAAAGAAUAUGCUCCAGUGCAUGCCACAAUCUUCGAUCUCUUCUUCCACAAAGACGACUUAUACGACUACGAGACAGAGAUCGCAAGAGAAAAGCCGACUUUCAGGUUCUUGAGUCCAGGACAGAGCGAGAUAUUAACUGCAGAUCCUCGGAACGUGGAGCAUAUUCUCAAGACAAGAUUCGAUAACUAUACCAAAGGACACAACAGUCGUCAGAAUCUUGGGGAUCUUUUGGGACAUGGGAUCUUUGCUGUUGAUGGAGAGAAAUGGAAGCAACAGAGGAAGCUCGCCAGCUUUGAGUUCUCUGCUAGAGUCUUAAGAGAUUUUAGCUGCUCUGUUUUUAGGAGAAAUGCAUCUAAGCUUGUUGGCUUUGUCACGGAGUUUGCUCUCUCUGGAAAAGCUUUUGAUGCUCAAGAUAUGUUGAUGAGAUAUACAUUGGACUCCAUCUUUAAAGUUGGGUUUGGUGUGGAGUUGAAGUGUUUGGAUGGGUUUAGCAAAGAAGGAGAAGAGUUCAUGGAGGCUUUUGAUGAAGGGAACGUUGCAACUAGUUCCAGAUUCAUUGAUCCUCUUUGGAAGCUGAAAUGGUUUCUCAACAUUGGAACACAAGCUAGACUCAAGAAGAGCAUUGAUACCAUAGACAAGUUUGUGUAUAGACUCAUUACCACUAAAAGGAAAGAGCUUGCAGAGGAACAAGACACUGCUGUUAGAGAGGACAUACUAUCGAGAUUCCUAGUGGAAAGUGAGAAAGAUCCGGACAAGAUGAAUGAUAAGUACCUGAGGGAUAUAAUUCUGAGCUUUAUGAUUGCUGGGAAGGACACAACCGCUGCAGCUCUCUCUUGGUUCUUGUACAUGCUCUGCAAAAACCCACUUGUCCAGGAGAAAAUCGUACAAGAGAUCAGAGAUGUGACAUCAAGUGACGAGAAAACAACCGAUGUUAAUGGUUUCGUUAAAAGUAUAACCGAGGAGGCUCUGGAUAAGAUGCAGUAUCUCCAUGCAGCAUUGUCUGAGACCUUGAGGCUUUACCCUUCUGUGCCUGUGGACGUGAGGUGUGCAGAAAAUGAUGACAUUCUUCCAGAUGGAUACAGAGUGAAGAAAGGGGACAAUGUCUACUACAUAGCCUACGCAAUGGGAAGAAUGACUUACAUUUGGGGCCAAGAUGCUGAGGAAUUCAAGCCUGAGAGAUGGCUUAAAGACGGCGUGUUCCAACCUGAAUCACCUUUCAAAUUCAUAAGCUUUCAUGCUGGUCCAAGAAUCUGUCUUGGCAAGGAUUUCGCAUCCCGGCAAAUGAAGAUAGUGUCAAUGGCCCUUCUCCACUUCUUUCGCUUCAAAAUGGCUGAUGAGAAGAGCAAUGUACAUUACAAGACAAUGCUUACACUUCAUAUGGAAGGAGCACUCUGUCUCCAUGCAAUCCCAAGGACAAGCACUUGA